AGCAAACACAUGCAGUCGGCCAGUUAUUUCAUACAGCUAUUAUAUAUACUAUAUAUGUGGCGUAGCGUGCGCAGCGAGCUUUGUGAUCGCGGCACUGGCGAAUGCAAACCACUAAGCGAAAUCGAUUGUCCCGUUAUAUUCUAUAAUCAACAUUUAAUAGGCAAUAGCGUCAAAUAUUGUAAUGAGUUCGAGGAUAUUGUUUGCUGCCCGCUGCCGUUAUUCGAGCAGCGCUCGCAUAAGCCCAUGGAUGAGUCACGUCCGUAUGAGAAGUUUUGCAAGCAAUACAAUGAUCUACGCUCCAGCUGCCAUACAGCGCCUUUUAUAGUGGACGGCACCAAGGCAGAGCCACGUGAAUUUCCCUUUAUGGCGCUGCUGGGCAUUAGCGAGCCGAGCAAAAAGUCCAUCAAUUGGGAUUGUGGCGGCACGCUUAUACAUCCCAGAUUUGUGCUAACCGCAGCGCAUUGUUUGGUUACCACAGAAACCAAAGAACAGCGUUUGGAUCCCAAAUUUGAUUCACCCAAAUUUGUAGUGCGCUUGGGUGAACUGGACUACAACAACGAUACGGACGAUGCGCAGCCACAAGACUUUAGAGUUAUUAACUAUAUAGUGCAUCCCUCGUAUGAUGAAGAUGACGAAGAGGGCAACUAUAUGAAUGAUAUAGCACUUAUCGAAUUGGAUCGCAAUGCCAACUUAACGGAGUAUGUGGCGCCAGCUUGCUUGCCGCCAAGCAGCGGCAAUAGCUUUGAGCAGCUAACAGCAGCCGGCUGGGGCUUCACCCGCGAAGCAGGCACGAAGUCAUCGCAUUUGCUUAAGGUUAACUUGGAGCGUUUUGAAGAUGAUGUUUGUGCCGAGCGUUUGGAGAAACACAUUGAGCCACGCACGCAGCUCUGCGCUGGCAGCAAUAACAGCAGUGGCGAUACUUGCAACGGUGACUCUGGUGGACCAUUGUUUGUGCAGCAUCCGCGCUACAAUUGUCUCAAAAUACUCAUAGGCAUUACGUCUUAUGGUCAAGUGUGUGGCAGCAAGGGCAGGCCCAGUGUUUAUACCAAAGUGCAUUUGUAUACCGAUUGGAUUGAGCAAAUUGUGUGGGCUGAAUAACAAUUCAAGCCAUAAAUAAAGCAAUGCUUAUAUUAAAGUCAAAGUAAAUGUUAAAGCAUGCAACGUAAACUGUUAAGUUUAACAGCGCGCGUCUAUGUUAAGCAGAGUUCAAGCCUGCGUUGGUUUGUGUAUUAGCUAAAUAUGUUGAAGCAGCUUAUGGGAAAUAAAUUUUGUUACUGCAGUGCAAAA